AUGGCAAAUCCUUUCGGACCUUUCCGGCCCGCGUCACCUGCCGAGGACCUGCCCCCAUACUACCAAGACACAGGCAACGACGAUAUUCGACAAUGCUUCCGUAACUUCGAUUCGGACCGGAACUUCGACCUAUUCGACCGGCAAACAAGAGAGCACAGAUGCCGCAAUUUCUGUAUCGACUUUGGAGAAGAUGAAGGUGAUGCCUUUUGCGCUUUCGAUCUCAACGCCGAAGCGUACAAGAAGUUGCUGCAAUCGCCACGACCGACUGAACUACAUACGCGAUGGAUCAACAUCUGGAAUCCCUCCAAUCAGAAAGAGCUGAUCAGAACGCUGGCCUCUCACUUCGACUUCACGCCUAGACUGCUGGGCAUGAUGACGAGCGACCACGUUCCGCCACGUAACAACCCAUCCUUGCGCAUGAAGAAGAGUUCUUCGACCCUAAGAUCAGUGUUCUCCCACAAAUCACACACAUCGAACAUGUCCAAUUCGAUCAGGGAAAAGGCGAAGCAAGCGAAUGAACAAGCUCUGGAUUCAGAAUCCAGUAUCGGUCUCACCGAAUUGAUGCAAUCUACACAGCUGGAGCUGGUCCGAGAUUUGGAUCACUACCAGCUAGUAGACGAUGUAUGGCAUUGGAGUACCGUCGAUCAGGACAUGGGCAUAGGCUACAACUCGCUACACAACGUCCGCAGCAAAGAAACCAACACCCGCCCUAUAAUCUCGGAUAGAACCCGAGACGUGCCCCACGGCAAACGCGUAUGGAACUGGCUUCUCUUAUGCGAGGACAAAACCGUCAUCUCGAUCUCCGAAGACCCAUUCCCGUUCGCCAACGGUCCUUUGACCCACGAAGACGUAAAAGUACUCUUCACAACACGUCGGAAUACUGUGAACGUCUUCAGACAACUCACGAAAGCGCCGACGCCACUUAGAGAAGCAGCGCUCACUCAACUACCCAUCCGCCAACGUCUCGGCAGCAGCGAUGAGGAAACAGCCCACCGUCCCACGGAUGCUCCAGGCCUAUUGUUCUAUUACCUCUUUGAAGACUGGGGCGCAACCUUCGAUCUCAUCUCCCGCCGCGAACACGGCUACGCCGCCGAGCUCGACCGACUCCGACAAGAAAUGCUCCAAACAGCCAACCUCACGCACGUCGACCAACUCCACCACAUCGGCUGCCAACUGGCCGUUCUAAAGCGCGUCUACCAAAGCUACGAAUUAAUCAUCGAGCGCGUCCUCAAAAAGCAAGAAGCCACCCUCGCGUCACUUAAGAACUCGCACAUUCUCUCCGGCAACGCCUCCCUCAUCUCCUCCCACCCCGUCAUCAACGACUCUCCCGGCCCCCUCGUCCCCGAAGCCGACAGCCUCCUCGGCGUAGCCCUCAGCUCCGCCGCGCGCGUCCGCUUCGAACGCCUCAAAGACCGCAUCCAACUCUACGCCCUCUCCGAGAUAUCCGAAUGCCUCGACCAAAAAGAGUCCCUCGUAAUGAUGAACUUCAACCUCAUCGCCAUCAAAGAAUCCUUCUCGGUCGAGCGCCUCACCUGGGUUACUCUGCUGCUUGCUAAGAUUACCAUCUUGUUCACGCCUGUGACGCUGAUGACGGGGUAUUUUAGCAUUCAGUUCAAGGGGCUGGAGUUUGAGGUGGGCAGUUAUUGGCGGGCGUUUGGGUGGACGUUUGGGUUGAGUGCUGCGUUGCUUGUGUUGUUUAGUUGGGUGAGUGGGACGUUUGAGGGGAAGAUUAUUACGAGGAGUUGGACGCGGGCGGUUUAUGAUGUUGCGCAUAGGUGGGUUGUUGGGAGGAGGAAGAGGGGGAAGAUGCUUUGA